ACCUCUGUUGGAAAAGUUUCGAUAUUUCAACUUCUCAACUCUCAAUAAGAACUUUGCUCACACACUUGCACUAAAGCACAUUAGUAUACCAGAAGGAGCAAGUAAUGCUGUUUGUCUUACUUUUCUUGUCUGCUCACAAGUAUAAAAGAGCAGUCGUUUCAGGGAUCAUCAGCAUUUCGGAUACAUCGUCUUCAGAUGCCAAUUUUCUUUUGUUUCUCAAUUCAGAAAGGCACCUGAUCAGGCUCCCCCUUCACUUUUGCCAUGAGCUUAACCGGGUUUGAAAGGCGCUAUAUACAUUUACCAGUGUCUACCGAAGAAGAUUUUCUAAUAAGAAAGAUCCUUAUGACCCAUGACCCUGAUGGUCGUCAGCUGGAUGCUCAGCAAUUGCUUCAUGCUGUGAAGAAUAUUAUCCAUCGUGCUAGUCCUGUAUCAGAAGCUGAUUGUCAUCCAGAAAAUGUGGCCGUAUGGGAUGCUGAUGCAAUUGGAUUACAUGAUUCGCUGGGAUACACCAUCUUUAAAAUCUCACAUGAGGUACUGAGCAGAUGCUUUGAGGGAGGGGAUAUACACACAAAGACAAUGUCCUUAUUUGACAUGUUAGGGAAAUUUAGAUGGGAUGCAAAAGUAGUUCUAGUUGUUGCAGCAUUCUUCACAAAUUACGGUGUGUUGCAGCUCCAAGUGCAGCUUCAAUCCCACUUGAGAACCAGAAAGCAGGACCAAGUGCAUGUUCUUUCCCUUCAAUUACCUCUUUUUUAUUGUUCUUUUCCCCAUGUUAAUGAUUAUAUGGAAUUCAAAUUCUAUAACAAUUGCAGCAUGGACUAUGCGCAAUUUAGUCUGCAAAUUGAGCGCAUUGUGCUGCGACUUGAGAGAGAGCAGGUGGUCAUCCUUCUAAUAUCAAAGCCUGAGCUCCUCCCUAUUGAGAAAAUCUUCCUGCUGGUGCAUCAGACAUACGAUCAUCCCCACCAGGAGAAAAUUGGAGGGAGCUAUGUUGUUUUAUGGGUUCCACUCUCAUCUUCACAUGGUUGGAGUCACGCAGAUAAAAUCAGUUUUCAAUUUCUAUCAGGUUCCUUGCCAUUUUGGUCAUUAAAGCAGCCAGGGUUACUAAAUUCAGCAGUUGUCAACUUCAUCAUACAAGAAUGGAACUUCAAAGAGGAGGCCACGAUGGUUGUAUUGGAUACUAAUGGCAUGAUCACAAAUUCAAAUGCAAUGGACAUGAUAUGGAUCUGGGGUGCCAAAGCAUUUCCAUUUUCAAUUUCUAGAGAGAAAGAGCUCUGGGAAGUGGAGAAGUGGACACUACAGCUCAUGAUUGAUGGUAUUGAUCCUUUAUUGACCAAAUGGCAGAUCGAGGAAGGUAAAAAUUUCUGCAUUUUUGGAAGUGGGAACGCAGAUUGGAUCAGAAAUUUCAGUUCCAAAAUCAAGGAAGUUAGUAACACAGAACUUCAGCUGGAGGUGAUUUAUGUUGGCUGGAGGAGUCCAACUGAAAAAUUACAAAGCAUUUUACGUAUUAUCGAACAAGAAAACUUGUGUACAUAUCUCACAUUCACAAAGAUUCGUUUCUUUUGGCUGCGAUUGGAGAGUAUGAAAAGUUUGACUAGUCGCCAAGAAAACAAUGAUGAUGAUGAUAUGUCGAAAGAGAUAUUGGGAUUGUUGGAAGUUGACGACAGUGAUGAUGGAUGGGUGCUCAUUGGGACAGGAUCUUUGCCAGGCCUGAUAAAGCUUCAAGGACAGAAAGUUACAGAAUUCUUUGAUCUUUUCCCGUCUGGGCUGAAAAUUUAGGGACUAUGGGAAUAGUGGGUGCUAUUAAAAGUGCCCUUGAGCCUACCCUUUCCACAGGACCUUGCGAUCAUGCUGAAAUUCUUGCAUUCAAUGAGGGAUUGUUAAAGGGGCCUGUGUUCUGUGCAGUAUGUAAACGCCUGAAGGAGAAGUAUGUACUCUACAAAUGUGAUGCAACUGGAUAGAAAGUUGCAAAAUUUCCAGUCAUUUAACCAUAUAUAAUAGGAUGAUCAGCAUGUCAGGUGGAUAAGCAAGUAGCAACCAAAGAAAAUGAACUGUCCAUGCUAAUAUUACUACUAAUAACUUAUCCUUAUUAUGGUCUA